AUGAUUGGUCUGGGUGAUAAGUUUGAAGGCCUGAAAAAGGCAUACAUAUUAGGAAUUUUAACAGUUUGCUAUAUUGUCGGUGAACUAGGACAUUAUCUGAUAGGUGUUACAUCUAGAGCAACAGCUCGUGAGAUUAGUUAUGGCGAUCAUGCUUGUCAAUUAAAUGAUACAACUUUGGGAAAAGAUGAUAUGCCAGAGCAGUGUGAGGAUAUCUCUGAUCAACUAUCAUGUGCAGCAAUCAACAUUAAUGGAUCAUCAUACUGUGAAUGGGAUUAUAACGGCUUAGGGAUUGAAUAUCAGCUGUUAGCAGGUCCAGUUUUUAUUCUUGUCUUUACAAUCGUUGGUGUCGUUUUUGGUAUUUUGGGUGAUAAAUACAAUAGAUCAAUGAUGCUGUACAUGUGUACGUUACUUUUUGGAGUCGCAAUUAUUCUACAAGGUUCCGUCCAAAACUAUUGGCAAUUAAUUCUGUUGAGAAUGGUCAUGGCUGCUGGAGAAUCUGGAUGUAAUCCACUAGCAACUGGAAUAAUGAGUGAUAUAUUCCCAGAAAAUAAGCGUGCACUUGUUAUGGCUAUUUUCAAUUGGGGUGUUUAUGGUGGCUAUGGAAUCGCCUUUCCUGUCGGACGAUACUUAACAAAAUUGAAUGUUUGGGACCUUGGAUGGAGAUUUUGUUACUAUGUGACGGGAGUUGUUGCUAUAUUAAUUGGAGUUUUAAUGGGAGUGACUCUAAAGGAACCAGAACGUAAAGCAAUUGGUGGGAAUGCAGCAAAUCAGAACAAAAAGGUUUCAUUAUGGAAAGAACUUCUACGCUGUGACAUAAUCAUGCUUAUGAUUGCUGCUUCCGUUCGUCAUUGUGGAGGGAUGACUUUUGCCUACAAUUCUGAUCUGUACUAUAAUACAUAUUUCCCAGAAGUUGACCUUGGAUGGUGGCUUUUUAUUGUAACUAUUGGAAUUGGAUCAAUUGGUGUUGUUUUCGGCGGAUAUGUUAGCGAUAAGAUUGUUAAGAAAAUGGGAAUAAGGUCAAGAGUUAUGGUCUUGGCUUUAUCUCAAUUGAUCAGCACACCAGGAGCUUUUGGAUCUGUUUAUUUUGAUCCAUUCUGGGCUAUGAUUAGUCUUGCAUCAUCAUACUUCUUUGCUGAGAUGUGGUUUGGUAUUGUUUUUGCCGUUAUAGUCGAGAUUGUUCCAUUGGAAGUACGAUCGAGUAUUGUGGGAGUUUUCAUGUUCGUCAUCAAUAAUAUUGGUGGAAAUUUGCCAAUUUUAGUCGAUCCACUCGCCAAACAUAUUGGAUAUAGAGCAUCAAUCUCAAUCUUCUAUGCUGGAUUUUAUUUACUAAGUUCAAUUCUAUUCUUCAUUACAAUGUACUUUAUGGAAGGCAAGAAGGAAGAAGAGAAGCCGAUAGAACCAGUUAAUGCUGUUGAUCCAUCAAAUAAUGUGUCAAGGGUUCAUGUUGGAGUUGACAAUAGAAGUUAUGUGCCAGAUAAUAUGACAAUGCAGCAUCUUAGUGGACGAACGGCUGAUAAGAAUUAUUAUUAG